AUGAGGCAUUCAUGUGCUUUCUCAACCUAUUUUCUUCUUGUUGUUUUUCUUGUUCCCAGUGAUGGGAAACCUAAGGUCCCUGCAUUGUUCAUCUUUGGUGACUCUAGUCUUGAUGUUGGAUGUAAUAAUAAUCUUAAAACAUAUGCUAAAGCAAACUACUUUCCUUAUGGUAGAGAUUUUGAGAAUCAUAUUCCCACUGGAAGAUUUUGCAAUGGAAAACUUACUAUUGACUAUGCAUCUGAAAAUCUUGGAUUUACCUCUCACCAACCUGCUUACUCCACUUUAAAUAUCAAAGGAGAUAACCUCUUGAAUGGUGCUAGCUUUGCCUCAUCUGGUUCUGGUUACCAUGAUACUACAGCAAAAUUAUGGAAUGUAUUUACAUUGAAUGAGCAACUGGAAUUUUUCAAGGAUUAUCAAAGAGAAUUGAUAAGAAUAACAGGAAAACCAAAUGCACUAUCCAUUAUAUCUGGUGGUAUAUAUCUUGUUGGUGGAGGGAGUGGUGAUUUUAUAUUAAAUUAUUACAUAAAUCCAUUGCAUUACACGGCAUAUUCACCUUACCAAUUUUCAGACAUUCUUAUGCAAUGCUACUCCAAUUUCAUUCAGAAAUUAUAUGCACUAGGAGCAAGAAAAAUUGGUGUGCCAUCGUUAGUUCCAAUAGGUUGCUUUCCUGUGGUCAUCACUUUACAUGGUUUUCCUAGCUACAAAUGUGUGUCCAAAUUCAACAAUGUUGCUAUUUACUUUAAUCAGAAGCUCAACUCAACAUCACAGAAGUUGCUAAAAAUGCUUCCUGGUCUAAAUUUGAAAGUUCUUGAGACUUACCAACUUUUCUAUAAUAUAGUCAACAAACCCUCUCAAUAUGGGUUUACUGAAGCAAGGAAGGGUUGUUGUGGGAUAGGCUUGAUAGAGGUUUCGAUAUUUUGCAAUCAAGAAGCCAUUGGAACAUGUGUUGAUGCAUCUCAAUACGUGUUUUGGGAUAGUAUACAUCCCACAGAUGCCUUUAACAAAAUUAUGUCAGCUCAUUUGCUUUCAGAAGCAUCCCCUCUUCUGUCUUAA